AAACAAACCACGAUUCAGAAAUGCGCUCCCCUGCCUUUACCCAUGUCACCCCGCAUUGCGAACGAUUGCGGGUCUCGAACAUUCAUUUUAGGUUGUUCUGCCGUGUUGAUCAAGCAAUCAAUCUGAUUCUUGACUAAUAACGGAAGAACGACAAAAUGAUAUGAACAGGAGAUGGUCACAGAAACUUUGAUGCCCUCAUAAAUACUUUCACUUUCUUUAAGUCUUCCACGCUCGUUGUUUGUCCUCGGCCAGGUCCUCAUCAAUCGCUUUGUAUAUCAAAAUUUCUGAACAUCUGCUGGUUCGGUUUCUGAUCUUUUAUUCUAUCGGCACCAUGUUCUUUUCUGCUGCUGCUCUUCUUCUCGCUGGAGGCGCUCUCGCUUCACCAGCCGCUCCACUUGAAGAACGACAGGCCAAUUGUCCAAAGGUUCACGUUUUCGGGGCAAGAGAAACUACCGCUCCAGCUGGCUUUGGAACAGCUGGAGUAGUUGUUGACCUCGUUCUUGGGGCAUUCCCAGGUGCAACCAAAGAGGCAAUCGUCUACCCAGCCUGUGGAGGCCAAGCCUCAUGUGGCAGCAAGGCAUAUGGCGAUUCGGCUCUCGCGGGUACUGCUGCGGUUGCCAAAGCUGUGAACGACUUCAACACUAAGUGCCCGACGACGCAGCUCGUUUUGGUUGGGUACUCACAGGUAUGUCAUGAAAAGUUCUUGGUAUAAGAAGGGGAACUGACUGUUGUGAAGGGAGGACAAAUUAUGGAUAAUGCGUACUGUGGGGGAGGAGAUACCAAUAUUGGGCUUUCCAGUACUGCUAUUCCUAUUCAAGCUUCGGCUGUCACCAUGAUCAAAGCUGCCAUUUUCAUGGGAGAUCCACGUUACAUUUCUGGACUCUCUUUUAACGUGGGGACUUGUACUGCCCAGGGCGUAAGUUAUCUAUAUUUUCUCGUUUCUUACCUUUUCUGACAUAUGUGUAGUUUGCUCCUCGUCCAGCUGGCUUCAAUUGUCCAUCGGGUGCCAACAUUCAAAGUUACUGUGAUAGCGCUGAUCCAUUUUGCUGUAAGGGAAAUGACCAAGCCACCCACCAAGGAUACGGAAAAGAGUACGGCCAACAAGCUUUGAAAUUCAUUCAGAGCAAGGUCACCGCAUAAGCUCCUUCAUGAAGCCCGACGGAUUUGUUGGAAAAGAA